AAACAACCACCACCACCACCACAAAAUGACCGACUUCUACCACCACAGAGGCCAAGCAAUGCACCACCGGCAGUAUAACGAAUCACGGGCCCACCAGGUAGUAAAAGCAGCCACCGCAGCAACCGCAGGUGGUUCGUUACUCGUCCUGUCGGGUCUAACACUCGUAGGGACGGUAAUUACACUGACCGUGGCAACGCCCUUACUCGUGAUUUUUAGUCCGGUGCUAGUGCCCGCGGUUAUGACCGUGUUUCUAUUGGCAACCGGUUUUUUGACAUCCGGAGGGUUUGGGCUUGCGGCUGCAACGGUGUUUUCGUGGAUGUAUAGGUACGUGACCGGUGAGCGUCGAACCGGGGUUGAGUCGUAUGACCAGAUGAGACGUAAGGUGGGGUCAAAGGGUCGGGCCAGGGAUGACCAUGCUUCUGGAAAGGGUCACCAUGCAACUGGUGGGGUUCAACUAACUACUGGAGCUAGAACUGGUCUUUUCGAAAGUUAGUUACGAAUAUGUUUGCUCUGGUCCUGAUGUGUGAGGCUUAAUUAGUAUAUGUGGGUGUAAUAAUUAGAAUUAGAAUGAAUAAACCUCGCUCCAUUAUAGCAGUUGCAUGCAA